CAGUAAGUUGGUUGUGUUAUCGAAAGAACAGCUGUUGCUAGAAAUUAAACUCGCAUUGCCGCUGGAUAAAGCACGCUGAGAAAAUGAUGCAACAAAGUAAACGCAUUUUGACGCCAUUCCUGCAGGGACUCAGGAAUUUGUCUACACGCGGUGCUGCCACAAGUACAUCAAGCACAGCACCCGCCAAAAUUGAAAAAACUGUCAACAACGUAACCAUAUUAGGGCGUGUGGGCGCAGAUCCACAACUGCGCGGCUCUCAAGAACAUCCAGUGGUCACAUUCUCCGUUGCCACUCACACCAACUACAAAUAUGAGAACGGCGACUGGGCUCAGCGCACAGACUGGCAUCGUGUAGUUGUCUUCAAGCCAAAUUUGCGUGAUUCCGUGCUGGAGUAUCUGAAAAAGGGGCAGCGCACAAUGAUCCAAGGCAAGAUCACCUAUGGAGAGAUCACAGAUCAACAGGGCAACCAAAAGACCAGCACCAGUAUCAUUGCGGAUGAAGUGGUCUUCUUCCGCGACAUCAAUAACUAACAUAGCAUAUAACCAAAAAAAGAUAAUCCAACUAAUCCUAUAGUCGUAAGAACAAAAGUUGAACUUGGUUUGCAUUUAAUUACAUACCCAUACGCAUAUGUAUAAUAUUCAUAAAACUUGAAAAGAUAA